UGCGCUCACACCGAUAAGCCCUUUGAAUGCCGCUCGAAUUUAAGAAAAUUGAUUAAUUUAUUAAUAUUAAACGUUUAAUUAUAUCUGGAAACGUACAGAUAUUUGCAAUGGCUGCGCCUCUGAAAGUGUGCAUUGUAGGUUCUGGAAACUGGGGCUCCGCCAUUGCCAGGAUCAUUGGCAGAAAUGCACAGACCCUCCAGCGCUUCGCCACCACAGUUAAGAUGUGGGUUUUCGAGGAGACGGUCAACGGCAGAAAGCUGACAGACAUCAUCAACACAGACCAUGAGAACGUGAAAUAUUUGCCUGGCUACAAACUGCCGGAGAAUGUGGUGGCAGUGCCCCAGCUUCGGGAUGCAGCUGAUGGCGCCGACCUGUUAGUGUUUGUGGUGCCACAUCAGUUCAUCAGGAAACUCUGCGAUGAGAUGGUGGGGUGUGUGUCCAAACAAGCCCGGGGCAUCACACUAAUCAAGGGCAUUGAUGAGGGGCCAGAGGGACUUAAACUGAUUUCCGACAUCAUCCGGGAGAAGAUGGGAAUUGACGUCAGCGUUCUCAUGGGUGCUAACAUCGCAAAUGAGGUGGCGGCGGAAAAAUUCUGUGAAACCACGAUAGGCAGUAAGGUUAUGGAGAAUGGGCUGCUCUUCAAGGAGCUCCUGCAGACGCCCAACUUCCGCAUCACGGUGGUGGAUGACGCAAACACGGUGGAGCUCUGUGGAGCCCUCAAGAACAUCGUGGCAGUAGGGGCGGGGUUCUGUGACGGACUCCGCUGUGGGGACAACACCAAGGCAGCGGUGAUCCGCCUGGGCCUGAUGGAGAUGAUCGCCUUCGCCAAGCUGUUCAGCAAGGACGGCACAGUGUCCUCCGCCACCUUCCUGGAGAGCUGCGGCGUGGCCGACCUCAUCACCACGUGCUACGGCGGCCGUAAUCGCCGGGUCGCCGAGGCCUUCGCCAAGACUGGCAAGAGCAUUGAGGAGCUGGAGAAAGAGAUGCUGAAUGGCCAGAAGCUGCAGGGACCAGCUACAUCAGCUGAAGUCUACCACAUUCUCAAGCAGAAAGGCUUGGUGGAUAAGUUUCCGCUGUUCACUGCCGUUUACCAGAUCUGUUUCGAGGGGAAGCCAGUUCAAGAGAUGAUUACCUGCUUACAGAGCCACCCAGAGCACAUGUGAACACGCCCACCCACGAAGGCCUGCCUCCUCAUUCUCACCUAUAUUUCAGAUUAGAACUGCCAAAGCUUGACACUGGUGAUCCUGAAUUGCGUCCUUUACACUAAUAUCAUUUACCGUAGUGAACAGAACAUCUAGCUCAUGCAUAUUACUAGCUCAUGAGUUAGGGUCAGAUGUACUAAGCAUCUACCAAGAGCGCAGGCCUUAGGGCACAGACUGCAAAAGCUUCAUACAUCCGACCAAAUACUGUUUUGUUUGUUUGUGUGUGUUUUGCAAUAUAGUACCUAUGUAAUGCCUUCUGGUUAUCAGCCACCCUGACUACAAUACCACUACUCUAAUUUGAGGGGGUUCUUUUGGCUCUCUCUGCUUUCCAGUUAACAUUUAACUUUUUGUGCCAUUCCUCCUGCUUGUGGGUUAAUCAUGGAAGCCUAAAAUCAGGUCAGGUUUUGUGAGGGAUUUAAAUUUUUUUUUUUUCAUCACUAUCUACACCAAAUUUCAGCUAAAGUAUGAACAUGUAUUUGAGGGAAGUCACAGAUAACAAGUACAAUUUAAUUACUCUGACAAAAUGGUCAAGAGGCAGUUUUGACCAUUCUUUAGCUCAUCUUAAAUAUACUAUGACAGCAGCUAUAGUAGCUUUGUUGGGAAUACGC